AUGAGCCACGCAUACGACUACCACUUGGGACCUCGGACAAGAAUUCCGGGUCUUCAAUCACUUCUACCGACGGCAUCCCCGUAUUCAUUUGCCUUCAGAACUAAUCCGGCAACCACAUUCAUUCCUUCAACGAUAGGAGCAGAUGCAACCGCCCUGUCACAGUACCUUCCGUCGUUGAGUGCACUUGGUGGAGCCGUCGGCGGUCUCACCCCAUCAUCGCUCACCUCCCUUCGAUUCCCUGUCAAUAUACUCAGUAUUACGUCCGUGGUUCUGGUGUCAAAUUUAGACGAAAAUAAGGUAUCGCCCGAUGCGCUCUUCACGCUAUUCGGUGUCUAUGGUGAUGUAGUUCGUGUGAAAAUUCUCUACAACAAAAAGGAUAACGCUUUGAUACAGUACUCGGAACCACAACAAGCUCAGUCAGCAAUGCAGCAUUUGGACAAGAUUCGAUGGCACGAUCGAGUGAUUCGAGUCGCACCAUCCAAGCACAACAACGUUCAGUUACCGAAAGAGGGUCAACCAGACGCGGGUCUUACUGGAGAUUAUUCUCAUUCGACGCUACAUCGCUUUAAGAAACCAGGUAGCAAGAACUACAUGAAUAUUUAUCCACCCAGUUGCACUCUUCACCUGUCGAACAUUCCACCAAACAUCUCCGAGCAAACGCUGACAUUUGAAGCGAACGGUUUCACAGUGAAGGCGUUCAAGUUCUUCCCGAAGGAUCACAAAAUGGCGCUGUGCCAAUUGGAGGAUCAAAACGGCCAUCGACACGCUCAUCGCCAUGCACAACCAUAA